AAUUUAUUGAGUAUCUGUAAAUCUUUCCCUGAUGUCAACAUGAAAACGCUACACUGAACAAGCUGGAGGCUUUCUGACAUUGAGAGCCUUAAAAUGCAUAACAAAUGUUGGUGAAAAGCAAUGGCUGCAGUGGACAAAGAUGUGGCCGAGAAGUUUCUGGACAGUAACCCAGUUUUUGCCAAGCAGUACUAUGACUCCAGGUUCCGGGCGAAGGUCAUUUCUGACCUUCUGUCCACCACCAAGAAAACAGCGGUGGAUAUCAGCAGGUAUCAUGACCUGACAUCUGUUGAGGAGUGUGAAAUCAUUUUUGAUUUGGUACGUGACAUGCAAGAAAAUUUACAGAUGGAGCGGGCGGUCUUCAACCUGAUGCGGCAUCUCACGUUCAUGAUGCGAGCCGACCGCAUGAGUCUCUUCAUGUACCGCCAAAGGAACGGCAUUGCUGAACUGGCCACGCGCAUUUUCAAUGUACAUAAAGAUGCCACGUUGGAAGAAUGCCUGGUGCAACCAGACAGCGAGAUCGUGUACCCACUAGACACAGGCAUUGUGGGACACGUGGCUACUGUUAAAAAGACAGUCAAUGUACCGGAUGUCACACGGGACAGCCACUUCAGUGACUUUGUGGACAAACUCACUGAGUACAAGACAAAGAAUGUGCUCGCAACUCCCAUCCUGAAUGGUAAGGACAUGGUGGCUGUUAUGAUGGCGGUCAACAAGAUUGAUGGCCCUCAUUUUACUGCCCAGGAUGAAGAGACGCUGAAGAAAUAUCUCAACUUUGCCAAUCUUGUGCUUCGAGUGUUUCAUCUGAGCUACCUGCACAACUGUGAAACCAGAAGAGGACAGGUGUUGCUCUGGUCCGCCAGCAAAGUAUUCGAGGAGCUGACUGACAUUGAAAGACAGUUUCACAAGGCCCUCUAUACGGUCAGAGCGUUCCUUAACUGUGACCGCUACUCUGUGGGACUUCUCGACAUGACCAAAACCAAAGAGUUCUUUGACCUUUGGCCCAUACUGAUGGGAGAGGUGCCACCGUACACUGGACCAAAAACCCCUGACGGUCGAGAAGUCAUCUUCUACAAAGUGAUUGAUUACAUACUGCAUGGAAAGGAGGACAUUAAAGUAAUUCCCAAUCCGCCAGCUGACCACUGGGCAUUAGUUAGUGGUCUUCCUACCUACGUUGCAGAGAACGGGCUGAUCUGUAACAUCAUGAACGCUGCUGAAGAUGAAUUCUUUAACUUUCAAAAAGAACCUCUGGAUGAAUCUGGAUGGACAAUAAAGAACGUGCUCUCCUUGCCUAUUGUGAACAAGAAAGAGGAAAUCGUUGGCGUGGCCACAUUCUAUAAUAGGAAAGAUGGAAAACCAUUUGAUGAAAUGGAUGAAACACUAAUGGAGUCACUCACUCAGUUUCUGGGCUGGUCGGUGUUGAAUACAGACACUUACGACAAGAUGAACAAGCUGGAGAAUCGUAAAGACAUCUUUCAAGACAUGGUCAUGUACCACGUUAAGUGCAGGAAGGAUGAGAUUCAGAACAUCUUGAACACGCGUGAGGUGUACGGGAAAGAACCCGACGAAUGUGAAGAAGACGAGCUGGAGGAAAUUCUGUACGACACCCUGCCAGAUUCAGGAGAAUCUGAGAUCUUUGAGUUUCACUUCUGUGAUUUUGAGUUCUCUGAGCUGGACCUGGUAAAAUGUGGCAUCAAGAUGUACUAUGAGCUGGGUGUGGUGGACAAGUUUCAUAUUCCACGUGAGACCCUGGUGCGGUUUGUGUACUCAGUCAGUAAAGGUUACAGAAGGAUCACCUACCAUAACUGGAGGCACGGCUUCAACGUGGGCCAAACGAUGUUCACAUUGCUUAUGACAGGUGACCUGAAGCGCUACUAUACAGAUCUGGAGGCGAUGGCGAUGGUGACUGCUGGACUCUGUCAUGAUAUUGACCACCGUGGCACCAACAACCUUUACCAGAUGAAGUCUGGCAAUCCACUGGCAAAGCUGCACGGCUCUUCCAUUCUCGAGAGACACCAUCUGGAGUUUGGAAAAACUCUGCUUAGAGAUGAUGCUUUGAAUAUCUACCAGAAUCUUACCCGAAGACAACAUGAAAUUGUCAUCCAUUUGAUGGACAUCGCUAUCAUCGCGACAGACUUAGCCUUGUAUUUCAAGAAGAGAGCCAUGUUUCAAAAAAUCGUGGAUCAGUCCAAGACCUACGAGAGCUGGGAUGGUUGGACGAAAUACAUGAUGUACGAAACGACUCGGAAGGAAAUUGUCAUGGCAAUGAUGAUGACUGCCUGCGAUUUGUCAGCCAUUGCCAAGCCAUGGGAGAUACAGAGCAAGGUGGCGCUAUCUGUAGCUGCAGAAUUCUGGGAACAGGGAGACCUGGAGAGAACAGUGCUGGAGCAGCAGCCCAUUCCCAUGAUGGACCGGAACAAAGCGGAUGAACUUCCCAAACUGCAGUGUGGUUUUAUUGAUUUCGUCUGUUCUUUUGUGUACAAGGAGUUUUCUCGCUUUCACGUAGAGAUCACACCCAUGCUGGAGCGUCUUCUGAACAACAGGAAAGAAUGGAACGCUCUGAAGGAAGUUCAUGAGGCCAAGAUAGCCAAACUGGAGGAGGCCAAGAAAGCAAAAGAAGAAGCCACAGCUGCUGGCUUAGCUGCUAAACAAGGAAGUGCAGCACAAGCAUCUCAGUCCAAGACCUGCGUUAUCACUUAACUGAAUGACCACACAGGAUGACUGGACUAUUGGAGUCUAUGUUACUUGGACAGCUUUCAUUAUUUUUGUCCUGUUAAAAUGAUUUAGGGAAAGUUAAGCAUUUUAGUUAAAAAGCUGUUUUAUUGUAAUAAAAUUAAGAUGACAUCAGGGUGGAGGUAAUGUGUGACCCUGUCUGUGAAAUCCAGGCUAAAGUCUUAAAAUCAAAUAAUUAGAUUAGAAGAUUCAAAGUUUGAUUUUAAUCAUUGAUUUCGAUCUUACUUAGUCAAUAUCAAAGAUUAUAUUUUCACAGAAUGGUCUUUACAUUAUGUAUAAUGAUUUUCUGUAAAAUGCAGUAAAUCACAAAGGUUAGACUUUAGCUGGGUUUUCACAUAUCAGGGUUUUUUUGUAUUUAGUUUAUAUCUCAUGCACUUUAUUAAUUACAUGGUUUGGUAGUUGCUGAACUUGUACAGAACAAGUAUUUUCUUAAAAAUACCAUUAUUUUUGUUCAUUUGUAGAAAAUAUAUUUCAAUAAAAUA